AUGACACUAUCUAUCUAUCUAUCUAUCUAUCUAUCUAUCUAUCUAUCUAUUAUGGUCAAGUCAGUCGGUACUUUUUUCUCCUUUUCUUUUAAACUCCUUCCUUUCAGUAUUCAUCCUUCGCACCAUCUUUCUUUUUAUCUUUUUUUUUCAUUUCGUUUUAUUUCUUUAAUCUUUCUUUCUUUUGAUUUAUUUAUUAAAUGCUACUUUCAUUCUUUUUAUUUAUCUUGUCUUUAUUUUUAUUUUUUUCUUUCAUUUAUUUUUAUUUAUUUAUUCUUUUUUAAAUUUAUUUUUAUUUAUUUCUUUUUAUUCAUUGUGUCUUUCUUCAUUUCUUUUUAUUUAUUUAUCUUUCUUUAUUUCUUUUUUAUUCAUUUAUUCUUUCUUUCUGUUUAUUUACUUUUCUUUACUUCUUUUUCUUUACUUAAACUUUCUUUCUUCCUCUCUUCCACUUUCGUUUCGUUUCUUGCACAUUCUUUCUUCAUCGAAUUUCACUUUUUUAUUUUCCUUAAUAUUUUGUUUUAA